AACGGUGACCUUCCUGGAAUAGAAGAUAGCAGCAAAAGCUAAAAUAUAGGAAGUGAGCAUCUUUGAAUAGAUGAACAGUUACUUCCAACUUUUAGCCAAUGCAUCGCCUUGCCCACCGUUUCGCAGCCCACCUUUGCAGGCGCUGCCUGAGGACUGCCCACGCGCGUCGCCCGCAGGCCACGGUCCUGCGCCCCGACGGAUUCCGGGCCCGGCUGCCCCUUCCCUGCGCGCGGCCGUGCGGCUGGAGCGAGCGGCGUCGCUUGCCCCGUGGGGAACACGUGCAGAGCAGCCAGUAAAAAAGUCAACCUUGAAAAUGCACACAUUUGAGUGCCUUGAAGAUUGCGAGGUAUUUCUCAGCAUGAUAAGCAAGUGCCACAUUCUUAUCAUGAUUGUGAAAAUAAUAGAACUUAUUUUAAAAAUAAAAUCUCAAAUCAGUGUCUCAAAACAAGUAAAGAUAGUCUGGAAAACAAAUGGAAAUAUAAAUAGUCUACUAACCCCAAUGCCCUUAAAGACUUCACUGUUUAGUACAGAAGCAGUCAUCACAAAUGAAAAUCAAAGGCACAAAAAAUAUGAUUACAGUACUGUGGAGACACUGUAUUACACUGCCUAUGUACAAAUGGAUCAAUACUGUCCUCAAUGCAUUCACACUUUUGUGAACAGCCCACGGGAUCAUCAGCUUCAUCACGGAAGAACAGUGUGGUCACUGUAAUGGUGGGUGUAGUGAACAUUAUCCCCCCCAUUGCAGUGGCAAGAAUGAAGUUGUCUUUUGAGAAAUGACCUCCUAAAUGCUUGGAUUCUACUACGCAAUCAAUAUACCUCAAAUAAAGAAAAAUUAUCUCGUUGACAGAUGGCAAAGAUUUAUCCUACAAUUGCAAAUAGAACUCCAAUUUACCUCAGUUUCAUCGUUUGUAAAAUAAGCAGAUUGGAUAUUUAAUGUUCAAGCUUCAGUUCUACCAGUCUGUCAAAUUUAUGGUGGCUCUUUAUAAGAAUUAACCGGUGUUUCUCAUGACAGGUGGCAUAGCCCUUGCUGAAAAUAGUUUCAGUCAUUCUGGAAAAUUUUCAGAAACCACCCAGCCUAUUUUUAACAGAAGUCAUUUAAUAGAGGAAAUUGGCUGCACAGUUGAUAAAGAGCCAAGCAAGGUCUUUGUGAUCAGCAGCGAUAAGAUCUCUACCAACCCUCCGACAGGCAGAGCAACUGACGGGACAGUUGACUAGAGCCCAGGACCUGAGCAUCUGUGAUGAGUGGGAAGCAGGCCAGGUCCGCUCUGAUGAGAUCGAGGUUGACGUGAGUGAAAGAGCAGAGCCAAGGAGGCAAAGCGACCGCCAGAGCGCGUUUCAGAAGUGAGCAAGCUUCUGUGAAGAAUGAUUUUUUUUUCUGAAUCUUACUGUGACCAUCAAAUACCUCAGAUUUCAUAAGCAUCCAAUAUAUGUGCAUUAAAUAGACUUUUGUUAAAUGUUUGAGGUCCAUUUUCUCCGUUGCUUGAUAUGAAGAAGAGGUACAAUAUUUGUAUGAAACACAUAAAAAAUUCAGGUAUAAAUAAUGUCUUACAAAUUGAGUCAAAUAUGACACUGAAAGUACACAAUUUCAAGGAUAUGUUUGUCUUCAUUUCUCAAUUGACAAAGAAUGCUAAAAUUUCAGUGUAAAGUUUUCUGCUUCAAACUCUCUGUUAAGUGUGUAGUAGUCUGUAAACAAG